AUGGUCCGUGUAAAGUUCUCCACGAAGCCCCCUCCCCACUGGAAGGCGCACUCGUUGGACACGAGGAAGCGUCAACAGACCAAGAAGGGUCGACAGUCCGAAGCCGACAACGACGACGAGACUUGGCUUCUUCUCCCAGAGCCUUCCUCAAACACAGAACAGCUAGAGGUCGUCGAGAUCAAAAAAGUUGUCAUCGAACCUCCUCGGGCUGGCACCCGCUUGCACGCAGCCAUGGAACUGAUUCCCGUUGAAGACAUCGUUGCCGAACUGUAUUAUCUCGGCUGUCCCCCGACGAACAACGAGCUAGUCACCCAUGCGAGAAUGUUUUUCGAAGGAGCUGUCGCACUCGAUGCUACAGGUAAAGUCAAGGAUGCAGCGAGCGACAUCAUACUUCAUCUGGCAUCUAUCAUCAACGGAGGAGAGACUGGAGCAUUCCCAAUGGGCCACCAGUAUGAACUUUUGAACAAGCAGGUCACAUUCCUCAGUGCCCUACUUGAUCUCACUGACCGCCCUCAAACACCCGUAACCUGUGCCGCUAAGCCUGCGACAACGAAGCCCGCCAGAAAGCGUGUGUCCCAGUUGCAGCACAACAUUCCGAAGACCGACCGCGUCCUCCGUUCAAGAGCCACGAAGUCGAACUAG